CGCGGUAGCCCUGCGGCGUCGCGCGGUGCUCGGAGCGACCCCGGGAGGGAAGGAGUUCGCGCAGAUGACUGUCCCUUUGGGAGAGGGAAAGUGACGGACAUCCCCCCCCCAUGGAAGCAACAUCUGCUUCGUUCUGCUGACAGACACCUUAAGUCAGUGCUCUCCCUGCUUUGAAUCUUGUCUGCACGUUCCUCUGAGCAUCCGUGUCAGGUCCCAGCCAUGCCCAGCCUCAGAGCUCGCUCUGAAGAGGCAGAAAUGGAGCCCUCAGUUCCUGGACCAUCCCCUUGGAUCCCUGCAGCCCAGGCCUGUGUGAAUGAUGCUCCUGUUGUGACCCAUGCUGGAUCUGCACUCCAUGAUCCCCACUGCUGUGGCUACACUGAGCCAGGAACCACCCCCCCUCACCGUCAGCAGCCAGAUUGGGACACCAGGACUAAGGGCAAGGAAUUUCUUCAGAAGAAAGAAGUUUCUGAGGAUUUGGAAUCACAGGCAGAAAUAUCAGAAAACUAUACCAGUGAUUUUUCUCAGGCACCUGAGCUUGGAGAACUCUGUGAUGAUGUACUGGAGAGAGAUUGGGGAACCCCUGACAGUGAGAGACGGGUGCAGUCACUCUACCAGGAGGAGGGCUUUACGCCAGUGGCAGUGCUCCUUAGGAGCCCCUUAGAGAAAGAGCUGGGCUGUGAUGACUUUGUAAGAAGCAUCAGUCUGAGCCCAAACCCAACAGCAUCUCAGGGAAUUCCUACAGAAGAGAGGCCACAUCUGUAUGACAUAUGUGGCCACAGCUUCCAACACAGUAUGGACUUAAGUAGCCAUGAGGGGCUUCACAUAGCCGAAAGCCCACUCAUAUGUAAUGAUUGUGGGAAAACCUUCAGAGGAAACCCUGAUCUUAUUCAGCAUCAGAUAAUCCAUACUAGACAGAAGUCCUUCAUAUGCAAUGAAUGUGGAAAAUCCUUCAGCCAGAACUCAUUUCUUAAAAAUCAUCAGAGGUCUCAUGUGAGUGAAAAACCCUACCAGUGCAGUGAGUGCAGGAAAACCUUCAGUGUGCACUCAAACCUCAUUAGGCAUCAGAUUAACCACAGCGGAGAGAAGCCUUAUGUAUGCAAUGAAUGUGGAAAAGCCUUUAGCCAGAACUCAAGCCUUAAAAAGCACCAGAAGUCUCACAUGAGUGAGAAGCCCUAUGAAUGCAGUGAAUGUGGGAAGGCCUUUAGGCGGAGCUCAAACCUCAUCCAACAUCAAAGAAUUCAUUCUGGAGAGAAGCCGUAUGUGUGCAACGAAUGUGGGAAGGCCUUUAGGCGGAGCUCAAAUCUCAUUAAACACCACAGGAUUCACACAGGUGAGAAACCUUUUCAGUGUAAUGAGUGUGGGAAAGCAUUCAGCCAGAGCUCACACCUGAGGAAGCAUCAGAGGGUUCACACUGGAGAGAGACCUUACGAAUGUAAUGAGUGUGGCAAACCAUUCAGCCGGGUCUCCAACCUCAUUAAGCAUCACAGGGUUCACACUGGAGAGAAACCUUAUAAGUGCAGUGACUGCGGGAAGGCCUUCAGUCAGAGUUCAAGCCUCAUUCAGCAUCGGAGAAUUCACACUGGAGAAAAGCCUCAUGUAUGUAAUGUGUGUGGAAAAGCCUUUAGUUACAGCUCCGUGCUCAGAAAGCACCAGAUAAUCCACACAGGAGAGAAGCCGUAUGAAUGUAGCAUCUGUGGGAAGGCUUUCAGCCACAGCUCAGCCCUCAUUCAGCAUCAGGGUGUGCACACGGGUGACAAGCCCUAUGAGUGUCGAGAAUGUGGAAAAACAUUUGGUCGGAGCUCCAACCUUAUCCUUCACCAGCGAGUUCACACUGGAGAGAAACCCUACGAAUGUACCGAAUGUGGAAAAACCUUCAGCCAGAGUUCAACUCUCAUUCAGCAUCAGAGAAUCCAUAAUGGCUUGAAACCACAUGAAUGUAACCAGUGUGGUAAAGCCUUCAACCGAAGCUCAAACCUCAUUCACCACCAGAAAGUUCACACUGGAGAGAAGCCGUACACGUGUGUCGAAUGUGGUAAGGGCUUCAGCCAGAGUUCACACCUUAUUCAACAUCAGAUAAUCCACACUGGUGAAAGGCCGUAUAAGUGCGGUGAGUGUGGGAAGGCCUUCAGUCAGCGUUCAGUCCUCAUCCAGCACCAGAGGAUCCAUACCGGCGUGAAGCCCUAUGACUGCUCUGCUUGUGGGAAAGCCUUCAGCCAGCGCUCCAAGUUGGUCAAACACCAGCUGAUCCACUCCAGGGAAUGAAACUGAGUACAGCUCCAUUCCUGACUCCUCUGACCAUGUCCCAGCUUCACCCACCUCCCAGACUUGAAGCCAGGUUCACUCACUGCCCUCUACCCCCACAUCCCACUGUCCACAAAGCCCAGACCCUCCUUCCCCUGCCAUCACUCCUGCUUCCUGUGACCUCUUGUUUCUUGUUUGUUUUGCUUGUACAUUUUGUUAUCAGACUGCCACAAUUGUUAGGAGGGAAAAGAUGGUAGAAGCUGCAUAUUCAUAUUCAUGAAUAGAGAUUAUUAACAGAACCAAAAAAGUAAACUGACAUUUGGUUCGAAAUAACCACGGGAAUUCUUUUCUUUGAUAAUUAGUCAUAGAGUGAACUCUUUGUGUAUGGUUAUAAUUAAUAUUCUGCUUACAUAAAAUCAGGUCAAGAGUUUUUCAGGUCUGAUGGCAGUCAUCCUCUCUCAGAAGUGGUGUGUACUCAUUACCACCAGUUUCUCACCCUUUCUUGUCCCUCCCAUGCAGUCACUAGAUGCAGGAUUCCUUCUGCCUUUCCUUUGUGCCUGAGUCUGAGGUCAUCGGGGCUGCUGCACAAUUACACAAGCAGCUGUUUCCCACCCUCUGCCUCUGUGCCUUAUGCUCCUGGCUCUUGCCCCACAGAGGCCUGCCCUCUCCAUACCCAUCCUGUUCUCCUCAUAAGCUCCCAGACUCAGUUUUCUCCCACACCCAUUCAUCUCCAGACAUUCAUGGAGCACCUGUGAGUGCCCCUAGUAGGUGGGGACUGGCCCCUCCUCAGUUUCCCAGAGCUGUGCCCCUCUCCAUGAGCAGUGGGAGUUGUCCCAGAAGCAACACAUAUGCCACCAGAGAGGACCCUCAUAGCCAGCCAGCCAGCCCGCCCAUCUCAACUUGGGGAUAUCCUAGGAUAGGUGGACGGAGAGGCACCUCCUGUGUUUUUCCGGGAGGAAAGGCAUUGAUGGGCAGAUGUAGUCAGGUUUGCAGUUUAGGAAGGGAGGGGCUUGGCUUCUGUGCUUUCAAGGAAGUAGAGGCAAAGCCAUCAAUUGCAAAUGAGGGAGAGGUUUGAAGAGGGAAGUAUGGGAGAGUUGGCUCAAGGGUGCACAGGUCAGGUGGGCUGCCUGUCCUUCUCUCAGAGGCCAUCAGAGUAGCCCAUCACUGCUCACCCCCCUCCCCUCCACUUCAGCCCCACCUUCCCAAGGAAACACCCUAGACAAGAAGCUGCCACAUUUGUAGUUUUGCUGAGAGCAUUGCUCGGCUAACCCUCCAACUCACUUGCUCAUCUUUCCACCGCAUGGAGACCUCCAUCUGUUCACCCUCAUGCUUUCUCACUGUCAGGCAAUCCUCUCUGGCUUCACUUUCCCCCUUUCCCAGCCUGGAUUCCAUCCUUUUUUCCAGUAAAUACUUGUGGGACGCUUACUACAUACCAUUUGCUGGGGACACAGGAAACAGGACAGAAAAAUGCCUGCCCUUGACGACUUUACAUUCCAGUGGGUAGAGAAAAAUGCCCUAAUGGUUAAGAUUGUCAUGAGGCAAAAGGAAAGCAGGAAAUACGGUCUGGGUGUUUUGAGGGGUUCUGCUUUAAAUAGGGGCUGUCAGAGAAGGCCUCACCCAGAUGUCCUUUGAGUGACAACUCGAGAAUGACCAGUGAAGAUGGGGGGUAGGGUAUGACAGCAAGAGUAGCCGGUUGGGAAGCCAGAGCUGGGUAGUAAAUUAGGAAUUCGCAGGUUAUGACCUGCUGGAGGAGGAGGCACAGCCACCCACACAGGUCACGAGGUAGCUCCCCCUUUGGGAAGGUGAAAACCCUGGGGUCUUUUUCAUUGAAGGCACAGUUUCAAUGCACUCACACAAAGGAAUUAAAUUCACGAGAUUUACCACACAGAUCCCAGAAGCAAGGGGGCACCAUGACCCAGGAGAAGGGCAUUCCACCAUUACAGGUCAUGAGUGAGCAGGAAAUUGAGAGCAUGGUAGCAUAUAUUACUCAGGAGGUGCUUAGGGUGGAGGUCACUAAACUAAAGUUGUGAUCUCAAUGUCCACACAUUGGGUGUGUGUAGGGUUAUCAUACGGUAAAAUGCCUGGGCAGUAACUGGGAAAAACAAAAAUUUUUCUCAUCAUGCCAGUACAGAGGCCCUGAGCAGAAACAGGCCUAGAGUGUUCCAAGAAUCACAGGUCAGUAUGGCUAGGAGUUGAGUGAGAGAGGGAGAAGCAAAUAGGGUGGGAGAUAAUGGGCCAUAUCACAAAAGGCCUUAGGCCAUGACAAGGACUUUGGCAUUUAUGCCGGGUGAAAUGGGAGAUGCUGGAGGCUUUUGAUGACUUAUAUUUUAACACGGUCAUUGCUGUGUGGAGAGGCUGUAGUGGCAAGCAUGUCCUCUGUGUUACUCCCUUCUCAACUCCUUUUGCCCUUUCUUCUGGCCUCCACACUGUUGGCAGACCCCCUGGGGCUGAAGCACAGCUGUGGGAGGCCAGAGCUUAGACACAGGAAGGAGGAGUGAGUGUCAAGCUUCACUGGGCCCUUGUCCCUACCCAGUGUCCGGGCAGAAUUGACCAAAUUCAGGGGCCUGCCAUCUGCAGCCUAAGGAAUUUUAAUUUUGGAACAUCAUGUUUCCAAAGAGAAAUUUUGGAAAGCAAAUUGUCAACUACAAUUUCUUUUGGCUUUCAUGAUGUCCUUGGAAAUGUUUCUUGGGAAACAAUGGCUCAGAAGCCUGGGUGCCCCCUCCUUGAUGCCAACAGAUUUCAAACCAUUCAAACCCUGCUGGACAGGAAGUGUGAGGUGUGUGCUGUAGUCUCAACCCCAGCCAGAGCAAAUACCCAGGCCAGUGCCCUUCCAUUGCCCCUCAAGCCAUUUUGACCUGCCCUGGGAUCCCUGCCCUGCUGACCUCAGUUAUUCAAGUAAUAAACCUCAUACCCUUG